AUGGACAGCAUCAAGAACACCAGCAACUUCAACACCAUGAACAACAACACGAAGGACAACAACGACGACUUCAUCAGCAUGGCAGCGCACGUGACGGACGAGUCCAUCUGCAAGGGCGCAGGAGAGCUGAACCUUGUGUACCAAGCAGCAGCGCGGAACCUUCGCGAGUUCCGCCGCGUCCCCUCCUUGACAGCGGGCGGCCUGGAGAAGACCAUGGCCCUGCUUCAGCUCCGCCCCGCCCGUCUCGUGGCGCAGGGCCUCGCCCCAAGGGAUCUCCUGAAGGGACAUUCAGUACCUGAUGCUGACGCCGACAGCAGCAGCGGAUCGGAAGUCGAGCCAGAGCAAGCGGACAGCCAAAUCUUCGACGACUCGAACAGCAGCGACACCGAGAACGUCAACAUCGCCACGCAGGACGGCAUCGAGGCCGGAGCCAGCAAGCAUCCCAUCCACGCGGUCUUUGUCGCCGCAGCGUCGAUCUCCGGCCCCGUGAAACCAGGCCGUUACUCCGUGCGGUUGGGGUAGGACCUCACCGCCUGGUCAAGCUCGGACUCGUUCAACGCGAAGAGCUUCGGCGGUCCAGGCCUGGCGGCAGGCGGGGUGGCCCUCCUCCGCACCACCCGCACGCCGGUCGCCCAGGAGGUCGUGGCCACCACCACCGCGGCGGCGGAGGAAGAAGAGCAGGCAGGCCUCACGGCCCCUCUCCGCAUGGUCCUCCGCCGCACCUCCGAAGGGGUCUUGCCCACGAUGAUUACCGCCGGUCGUCAAGUCCCACCCACGGACCUCCGCCUCGACCGUUCGAACAGUCCGGUCGCAGGCGCGGAAAACAAAAACAAGAGCACCCUUUCCCCGGGGCAUCCCACGGCCCUCAGCGCCACCCUCACCACGGACCCGGCAACCACUACUACGGAAGGCACCCAACCCCCCGCACCUUGGUGGACAACGCGGUCCUCACCGCCACGACGGCAUGUCCCUGCAACACGAAGUGCACCCUCACCACGGCCCGCCCGCCGGCAUGCGUUGCGAGGGAUUCGGUGACGCCCGGCAGCAGCAGCAGCAGCAGCAGCAGCAUGGACGCAUGGCGGCGCGCCCUCCUCGCCUGGACCCCCGCCAUGAGCGCCCCCUUCCCGCGCCGACGAUGCAGACAGCGGCCUACUGAAAAAGCGAGCACCACCACCAUCAUCUACCGCUGGUUGAUGAUCGGCAUGUUGCUCUAGAAGCGAAGACGUCAGCAGCAUCUACCAUAGUGUAGAUGGAGUGGUCCGGUGAAAGACCGAGAGGCGGUUUUACCUCAUCUUUUGGCGUGCUUUGAUCUAUAUUUGUUCAUUUAAUGGCAAUUGGGCAGAAGCCUCUCUCGGGAAAACUGAUACGAGGGACGAAGGAAGUACUUGGACGCACCCACGGGUGGUGCGGUGCGUUCGGAAGGCUUCUGCGCUUAUGCAGCUUUGUGUGUACUUGGUGUGUGUGCGUGUUUGGAGUUGCACCGUGUGUAGUGUGUACAUGCGGGAUGACGGUAGAAAUAUGCCCCUACAAGUACGUAUGCUUCAUAUGUUGCGGUAAGGUGGAGACUGCUGUGUUGUCGUCGCCGGUGGCAGGCAUCUUGAGCUUUCGUCCAACACUGGGAUGUCUUUUUGAUUUGAGCGUUGCCAACAACGUGGUGCAGCGAGGAGGAAGGGGGGGCGUACGCGCCCGGGUGAUGGAUUGCCCUGGACCAAUGAUUUUCCGGAGAGGGGUUGGUUGUAGCGGCGGGAGAAACGUGCCACGAAUGACCGAAUGGAAUAUUAAUGGUACCUUUCUUUCUCUCGUUUUUUUUUCUUAUAAAUAGCAAGCGACGUUGUUGGUGAGAGAGGCAGUGUGUGUGGUGAGUGAAACGGAGGCCAUCUCGGAGCCGCAAAAUAGUUGAUUCCUGUUGGUGUUUCGCGUCUUGUUGGAAUGUGUGUGUGUCGCCCAAGCCGUGUUCAACGAUAGUGGACAAUGCAAGCGGGAGCACGCGGAAGAAGUAAUACACUCACACGGAAGCGU